AUGGGUCGCAUUCAUGAAGUGGGCUGGGCGACUGCAGGACUGAUGAUCUGGGCUGGUACCUGCUACUACAUUUACAGAUUAACCACAGGAAGAGCCCAGAGUGUGAGGAGACUUGCCAGCAAUGGGUCUAGAGUCAAGAUGGAAACUGUGGCUGGUGUACAGACCCAGACCUUAGCUAUGAGUGAAGCCAUGGAUGGGACAGAGAUUGAGACUAGAUCCAAGGUCAAGACUGGAGCGGAAACUGGAACAGGAGGUGGGGCUGGGGCUGACGUAGAGACUAAGGCCCCUGCUAGGGGAAGACCCAAAGCCAACUUUCAGGCCAAGGCAAUGGUUGGGGCAGAGAAAGAGGUCCAAUCUGAGGUCAAAACAAUGGCCAUGACAGAGGCAGUGACUCUGGCUGAGGCCAAAAUCAAAACCAAGGAAAUGGCCAUGAAAGAGGCAGUGACCCAAACUGACUCUGAGGCUGAGAUAGUAGUCAAGAAAGAAGCAGUGACCCAGACCAAGGCUAAAGCUUGUGGACUAUUUGCUAGGGCAGAUGCCAAGAAAGAAGCAAUGACCCAGACCAAAGUGGAAGCUCAUAUAUUUGCUGAAAAAGAGACAGAGAUGAACAGAGUACUGGUGACACAGAAUGAGGCUUUGGCAAUAACCAGGGAAGUAGCCAAGAUGAAUGCCAUAAACAAGACUGGAAUUGUGGCUGAGACCAAAGCAAGAGCCCUGGAAGAGACUAUGAAUGUGGCCAAGACUCAGUCUGAGGCCAGGUGUGGUACCACAGUUGAUGCUAAGGGAAAUCUUAAUACCAUGUCCAGGGCAGGAGCUGGAAUGGAUAUAAGGUCUUAUGCACCAUCUCAGGCUGUGGCUAAGAUCCAGGUUGAUGACAUGCCUUGUGCUGGGGUUGAAGACAAGGGAAAGAGCAAAAUUAUGUAUCAAGCAGUGUCUGGGGCAGACAUGAAGGCUUCUGCCCAGUCUCAGAUUGUAACCAAGGUUCAGGCUGAGACCAUGACUGGAGUAAAGGUUGAUGCUGGGGGUCAUACCAAUGCCAUGUACAAGGCAGGAACAGGGACAGAUGUAAGAGCUUCUACACAACAUCAGACUAUGGCCAAGAAACAGGCUGAGGCAAUGUCUGGUGCCAGGGUUGAUGAAAGGGGAAAUACCAAUGUCACAACUAGGGCAGUGACUGGAGUUCACAUGAUGACUGUUGCUCAGCCUAAGACUAUGCCUGAUGCCAGGGUUAAGGAUAGAGGCAAUUCCAAUGCCAUGUCUGAAAUGGGGGCCAAGGCAAACUUGAAGGCCAAUUCCCAGGUUGAGGCUUUGCCUGAUUCCAGAAUUAAGACUGGAGGUAAUCCCAAUGCCAUUUCUAAGUUAGGGGCUGGAACAGAUAUGUUGUCCUGUACACAACCUCAAUCUAUGGCCAGUGUCCCGGGAGAUACCUUGCCUGAUGGCAAGAUUAAGGCUAAGGGCAAUGCCAACACCAUUUCUAAGGAAGGGGCUGGGACAGACACAAAGGCACAGUCUCAGGCUUUUGCCAUGAGCCAAGUUGAAGCCUUACCUAGUACUAGAACUAAGGCUAAGGGCAAAGCCAAAGGCAAAAAUAAGGCCGGGGUCAGGACAGACAUGAAAACCUAUGCACAGCCUCAGGGUGGGGCCAAGACCCAAGCUGAUGACAGGGGAGACCCUAAUGCCAUUUCUAGGCCAGGGACUAAGACAGAAAUGAGGCCCUGUGGUCAGCCUCAGACUAUGGCCACUACCCAGGAUGAAGCCUUGUCUGGUAUCCAGAAUAAGUUCCGGGGCAAUCCCAAAGCUGUGUCUAACGUAGGGUCUGGGCCAGACACAAAUGACUCUGCCCAGCCUCAAACAGAUGCAACACGAUCUGCUUCGCCACAGGCUGUGGCCAAUUCUCAGGGUGAGGCCUUACCUGGUGCCAGUAAUAAGGUCAGGGGAAAUCCCAAUGCUGUGUCUAAGACAGAGACUGGAGCAGAUACAACAGGUUCUGCACAGCCCCAGGCUCUUUCAAAUUCCCAAGGCAAAGCCUUGCUUGGUGCCAGGAAUAAGAUCAAACGCAAACCUAAUGCUGUGUCUAAGUCAGGGGCUGGGUCAGAUGCAGUGGGCUCUGCCCAGCCCCAGGCUGUGACAAAUUCCCAAGAGGAGGCCUUGCCUGGUGCCAGGAAUAAGCCCCAGGGCAAUCCCAAUGCUGUGUCUAAGGCAGAGACUGGAGCAGAUACAGUGGACUGUGUCCAGUCACCGGCUGUGUCAAAUUCCCAAGGCGAAGCCUUGCCUGGUGCCAGGAAUAAGGUCAGGGACAAACCCAAUGUUGUGUCUAAGGCAGGGGCAGAGCCAGAUAAAACAAGCUCUGUUCAGCCCCAGGCUGUAGCGAGUUCCCUGGGUGAGGCCUUAUCUAGUACUAAGAAUAAGAUCGAGGGCAAUUCCAAUGUGGUGUCUAUAACAGGGGCUGUGCCAGAUGCAAGGGGCUCUGCCCUACUCCCGGUUAUGGCCAUUUCUCAAGGUGAGGCCUUGCCUGGUGCCAGGAAUAAGGUCAAGGGCAAUCCCAAUGCUGCAUCUAAGGCAGGAGCUGGGCCAGAUACUAAUUCUCAGGGUGAGGUCUUACCUGGUACUAAGAAUAAGGUCAGGGAUAAUCCCAAUACUGUGUCUAAGGCAGAGGACCAAAUAGAUGCAACAGGCUCUGCCCAGCCCCAGGCUGUGUUUAAUUCCCAAGGUGAAGCCUUACCUAUUACUAGGAAUAAGGUCAAGGGCAAUGCCAAUGCUGCGUCUAAGGCAGGGGCUGGGCCAGAUGUAGUGGACUCUGUCAAGCACCAAGCUGUGACCAAUUCACAGGGUGAGGCCCUGUGUGUUACUAAGAAUAAGGUCAGGGAUAAUCCUAAUACUGUGUCUAAGGCAGAGGCCAGAGCAGAUGCAACCAGCUCUGCCCAGACCCAGGUUCUAUCUAAUUCCCAAGGUGAGUUAUUGCCUGGUACCAAGAAUGAAGUCAAGGGCAAAGCCAAUGCCAUGUCUAAGGCACGGCCUGGGCCAGAUGCAGUGGGCUCUGCCCAGCCCCAAGCUGUGGUCAAUUCACAGGGUGUGGCCUCCUUUGGUGCUAAGAUUGAGGUCAAGGGCAAUCCCAGUGCUGUGUCUAAGGCAGAGGCUAUGGCAGAUGCAAUAGGCUCUGUCCAGCCUCAAGCUGUGGCUAAUUCUUGGGGUGAGGCUUUACCUGGUGCUAAGAAUAAAGUCAGGGGCAAUUCCAAUACUGUGUCCAAGUUAGAGGCUAGAGUAGGUACAACAAGUUCUUCUCUGCCCCAGACUUCAGACAGUUCCCAUGAUGGGGCCUUGCUUGGUGCUAGGAGUAAGGUCAAGGGCAAUACCAAUGCUGAAUCUAAGGUAGAAGCCAGAAAAGAUACAAUGGUCUCUGGCCAGCCUCAGUCCAUUGCCCUUUCUCAGAGUAAGAUGUUUCUUGGUGCAAAGGACAAAGCUAUACCCAAAUCUAAGGCAGAAGCCACAGAAGGUGCUGUCUGUAAAAAUCCCAAGCCUAAGGCCAUGCUCACUUCUGACAGUGAAGGUGGGACAGGUACUCUGGCCUGUGGAAAGACACAGCCUAAGGUCUAUGACUAUUAUUGGAGUGAAAUUGGUAUUGAAGAUUGGAUUGCUUCUGAGCGAUGGGUCAAAUUUAGGUUUCAGGCCAAGGAUGGAUACUGGGAGAAUAGCAUGUCCUGGGUUGAUGAUGAGAAUGAAGCCAGUAUUAAGUCCUGGAGUGGGGCUAGUGAUGAUAAGUCUGAUAAUAGGUCCUCGGCUGGGGCUUGUGAUGAGGCUGGUAUUAAGUCCUGGCCUUGGGAUAGGUCUGAGAAUGAGGUUGGUAUUGGAUCCUGGGAUAGAUCUGGGGACCAGGCCAGUGGGGAUCUCUGGACUAGGAACAAAGCCAUUAGAGGGUCCUGGACUGGGGCUGAGAACAAGGCCAGUGAGGGGUCUUGGGUUAGCACUAAGAACAAGGUUAUUGGGGAACUCUGGACUGGAGAUCAGGUCAGUGAGGGUUCCCAGGCUGGGGGCAAGGCCAGUGAGGUGUCCUGGGUUGGAGAAGAGGACAUUGGAGGGUCCUGGACAGUGGCUGAGAACAAGGCCAAUGGAGGGUCCUGGCCUGGAGUUCAAGAGCAGGCCAGUGGAAGGUCCCUGGAUGGGGAUAGGAUUCAGGCAAAUGGAGGUUCCUGGACUGAGACUAGGGCUAGAAAUGUGGCUAGUAUUGGGUACUGGGCUAACACUGUGGACAAGGCUAGUGGAAAGUCCUGGGUUGGGACUGGCGAUCCAAUUGGUGGUGGAUCCAAGCUUAGAUUUGAUAAUCAGGCCAGUGAAAAUGUAUCCUGGGCUGAGGCUGGUGGCCAGGGCAGUGGAAGGUCCAGGUUGGGGUCAGAGGACCAGUCCAGUGGAAGACCCUGGGAUGACACUGCAGAUCAAGCCAGUGGAGUAUCCAGGCUGGGGCCUGUGGACCAGUCCAGCAGUGGGUCCUGGGCUAGGGCUGGGGAACAGGCUGAUGGAGGGUCUAGACCAGGGUUUGUGGACCAGUCCAAUGUUCGGUCCUGUGCUGGCACUGGGAAGGAGGCUAGUGAAAGGUCCUGGGUUGGGGCUGGAGAUCAGGCAGGUAGCUGUUCCAAACCUGGAUUUGAGGAUCAGGCCAGUGGAGGAGGCUUCCGUGCUGGCACUAGAAAUCAAGCUGGUAGAAAAUCCUGGGCUGGGUCUAGGCUGGAACCUGAGAGUCAGACAAGUGUAGGGUCCUGGGAUAGGACUAGGGACCAGGCCAGUGGAAGGUCCCAGGUCAGUGCUGGGGUGGAGGACAAUGAAGGAUACUGGUUUGGGGCUGGGAAUGAAGCUAGUACAGGAUCCUGGUUCUGGAGAGGGGAAGAGGCUGGUAUUGUGUCCAGGUCUGGGAAUAAAAAUGAACCCAGUAUUGAAUCCAGAUCAAUGGCUGAGGAAGAGAUUAUCAUUAGUUCCAUAUUUGAGGAUGAGGACAAGGCCAGUAUUGGGUCCUGGAUUAUAUCUGAAGAGGAGGCCUUUAUGGAUUCCUUUGUGGGGGCUGAUGCUGGAGCUGAGGCCAGGAAAAAGUCUUGGCUCUGGGAUGAAGAUGCAACCACUACAGGGUCUAGGCUUGGGGCUGGGGAAGAGCCUGGCAUGAGGUCCUGGACUUUGGCUGAGGAUAUAGAUGAGGAUGAGCUAAGUAGGGCGUCUAGCCCUGAUAUUGAGGAGAUCAGCUUAAGAUCCUUGUUUUGGGCUGAGAGUGAGAACAAUAGUGAGUGCGGAUCGAAGAGUGAGAAAAAUGUCACUUUUGAGUGUGAGGCUGGAGACAAGGAUAAGCUUGAGGCUGCUUGUGGAGUUGAUGUAAGGUCUUGGUUCAGAGAUGGUAAUGAAAACAGAAGUGGAAACAAAUCUGCACCUAAGAUUAAAAAAUCAUCUGAGUCUAGAGGCACAUAUCCGUCCAUGGUUCCUGGGGCAGGAAUGGGAUCAUGGGCGGGAACCAUGAUCUGGACAGAAAUGAAAUUUCCAUACCAAAAUGAACCCUGCUUACCACCUGAAGAUGGCCUCGGAAAGCAGAUCAGGUCUGUGGAGAAAGCUCAGGCCUGGGCUUGCCGCUGUAAACACAAAACUAACAUGGAUCCACGAGAGCUUGAAAAACUCAUUUGCAUGAUUGAGAUGACUGAAGAACCUUCUAUUCAUGAAAUAGCCAAUAAUGCUCUGUUUAACAGUCAUGAUUAUCCAUUUUCCCAGGAAGUCAUUCAUAAUGCAGGUAGAAUCUCAAUUAUUGAAAGCUUGCUCAAUAAUCCCUACCCCAGUGUUAGGCAGAAGGCUUUAAAUGCACUAAAUAACAUCUCAGUGGCUGCUGAAAAUCAUAGGAAGGUUAAAACAUACUUAAAUCAAGUAUGUGAAGAUACCGUCACCUAUCCCUUGAAUUCAAAUGUGCAGCUGGCUGGACUAAGAUUGAUAAAGCACUUGACUAUUAUUAGUGAGUAUCAGCAUAUGGUUACAAAUUAUAUUUCAGAAUUUCUUCGUUUGUUAACUGUGGGAAGUAGAGAAACGAAAGACCAUAUUUUGGGAAUGCUUUUGAAUUUCUCUAAAAAUCCAUCUAUGACAAAAGAUUUGCUCAUAGCCAGUGCACCAACAUCACUAAUUAAUAUUUUUAGCAAGAAAGAGACAAAAGAGAAUAUUAUUAAUGCUCUUUCACUAUUUGAAAAUAUAAAUUACCAUUUUAAAAGAAGAGCAAGAGUAUUUACCCAGAACAAUUUCAGUAAAAAUUCCCUUUAUUUCGUAUUCCAACGACCUAAAGCCUGUGCCAAGAAACUUCGAGUCUUAGCAGCAGAAUACAAAGACCCUGAGGUGAAAGAAAGAGUUGAGCUAUUAUUAAGUAAACUCUAA